UAUCUGUCACUGCCAGUUUAAACGCAAUUUUGAUCUGUAUUCGAUAAAAAUAAAAUAAUAAAUCAAUUUUUAUAAAAAUAACUUUUAUCAUAAGCCAGCUGCUAUUUAGUAAGCGAAAAAUGGAAGAAUGCGAUAGUGAAAAUGAAUAUAAAAGAAAUAAGGACCGCAGCCCAUCACCUGGAGUGAAAUCAACAGCUGUGGUGAAGUUCACUGCAUUCCAAACUCCUGUGGGCUAUGCCCGCCUGCAAUGUAACACUGACCUCAACCUCCCCCCCUCAAACUGGGGAGGGAUAGAUACAUAUGGCUUGAAACAAAUCUUGACUAGAGGCACAGGAUUGUCCAGCUUCAGGAUGGCACACAUGUUCCCAGACUGUGUGGGUGAGGUGGACGUUAUAUCAGACGCCGAAUGCAUCAAGAAAUUACUAAAGCUACCCUACCAGCCUAAUGGAACUGUCAGCAUGAUGGUGCACAGAGUGGAAAACACUCUGCUUCUUGAUGACUUCGACGUCUACGAUUACCUGAUGAAGUCGGAGUGGUCGUGGCUUAAGGAUUUCUUCUAUGAGAAUAUUUUGAAAACUAUGUCUGAGAAGGAGCGUAUGUCCCUUACCCCCGCCCCGAGCCUCAGCUCGCUGCAGCUCACGCAUAAGUUCUUGUCCCACAGCGUGGUGGAACGGCCUCAACCAUUGCCAGCCACUUUACCCCAUACCCCCAUGUGUUUAACUGGACCAUUUCUCCCCGAGCCCGAAACUCGACCAGAAGAACCAGCAGAGAAUGCGUACAAUCGCAAUGUACUAUGGACAUUCGAGGACAUACACAUGUUAAUUGGUAGUAAUUUGCCCAUUUUCGGCGACAAGGACCGACCCUGCGUCUCCUUACGUCUCCGGGACGCCAGGGAACCUAUAAACGUACUAACCGGGAUAGACUAUUGGCUAGACAACCUAAUGUGCAACGUCCCGGAAGUCCUGAUGUGCUACCAUCUAGAUGGAAUAGUCCAGAAGUACGAACCAAUGAAGACAGAAGACUUGCCGAACAUGGAAAAUUCGAAAUUCUCCCCGAAAGUGAUAAGAAACGUGGCGCAGAAUAUACUGUCCUUUCUGAAGUCGAACGCUACGAAAUCUGGGCAUACCUACUGGUUGUUCAAAGGGCCCCACGACGACGUGGUCAAGUUGUAUGACUUGACCACAUUAUGUCCAGAUAGUAUGGACAAUCCGUUCACAACUCCAGUGGCGAUGUUGCUAUACAGAGUGGCCAGGAACAUGAGGUUGAUGAAUCGCUCGAAACAUGUUCGCCAACUGUUGGGACACGUUGUGCAACUGUUGAAGGUGGAACGGUAUCCGCAGAUAAUAGCGUCUUCGUACUACAUGUUGUCUGAUUUGUAUGUGCCCGCUACUACUAAUCCGGCGAAUCCGGAGUUUAAAGAUGAAAGUUCAGAUUCCGACGAGGAAUCUGACUACGAGGCUGAGAGUUAUAAGGAAAAUUUUGAAAACGCUUCCGAUAGAGAAGCGUGCGAGCAACACAACAAUAUGAGUGAAAAGGAUGAAACUAUUCAAAAGGAAAAUGAUUCUGAAAAGGCGAAAGAAAAAGAAACAUAUGAGAGCAAUGAAAACGUAGAAGACAUUUCAAGCGAGGAUCGUCUCGCAUUACAAGUCAGAGGUUUAGCAUUAAGGGAUAUUGGACAUAGACCUACAAAUCAUACUACAGAUGAAAAAUCCAAGGAAAGUGAGAGCAAAGGGCUCGGCUUGGAAGUGCCGGAGCGGUGCGGACGCGCGUUAACACAUGCUCUAAAAGGGCUAAUGGCUCUGCAUCACCUUACCAUUGAUAAAUCUAAGGAAGAAGAGCGCGAACGUCUGAAACAACAAAUAAUAAUCGAGGAGCAACAUCCGAAAAUGGCGAACCCAUACGAACCAAUCAAAAUGAGCUACGAACCUAUCACCAAGAAGAAAGACGCAAAAGAGCACGUGUCUAGAAACCGUCGGAGGAAGCGCGAAAGAAAACAAUCGGAAAAAUCCGGGAAUUACUUGAUAGAAGUUAACUCAAACGUCGAUAAAAACGCGAUUUUAAUAAGAAAAGAGAACAACACGCUGCCCACGUGGCACGAACCCAACAGAGACGACAAUUUCGCGUGGAAAUUGCAUUUGAAGACUCUGUUGUAUGAGAAAAUCUGCCUCGCGUACGCGACGUUAGCGGAAUACAGCUAUUCACAUGAGCAAUACGGUUUCUCGUUGAAAUACAUAGACAUGGCGAGCAAGUGCCAGAAGUUAUUGAGUGGUAUGAUUAUAAAGAGUCGAGUGGUUGACGCCAGUUGCUUGAUCGGGCGGGUGGGAGACAAUUUCUUCCAAUUAAGCAAACAUUGGGUUAGCUUGGAGCAGUUUAAGAAGCAGUUUGAAACGGAUCAUGGGAUCGAUAUAAGGAUCAAAAUGGAGAUUGAGAAUGAUAUGGUUGAGGAGAUUGAGGAUGGACCGUGCGAGGAUUUCGAUUUGGAUAUCAAUUUCCCAACAAGCGAAACGGAAGCCAUGUUGUCGUCCUGCCUAUACUACAGACGGGCUGCGGGCGCUGGGGGUCCGGGGGGUUCUGAAGGAUCCGGGGGUUCGGGGAUUUUGGGGGGUUCAGACAAACGCGGCGAACUGUUGCGGCGCCUCGCCUCCGUGUGCAACGAGCUCGCUGUCAGAUACAUGAACGAUGGACAACAGAUUUACAUGAAAUACAUAGAGGAAGAGGAGCAGGAUAGCGCAAAAGCGAAGUUACUGCUCAAACAGUUUGCCACCAUGUCGCGUAAAUCGGCGGAAUGCUUGGACGAGGCCACGGCAAUAUUCGAGCAAGUGAACGACGUCCCAAAUCUCGCUCUGUUGUAUUGCAACAAGGCGAGGUACAUGCGAUUCAAGGCGCAUUGUGAACAGGGUGGUUUUAACGCGGAGAAGCGGCGGCUGUACGCGCAGGCGGAGGAGCUGUACGGCGCGGCGCUGCGGCUGCUCGGGCCGCGCGAGCUGUGCGGCGCCGCGCCCGUGUGGGAGCUCGUGCGCUGGGAGCUCAGCUGCCACCUCUACACGCGCGCCGUGCUUAUGCAGGACUCGCCGCACAUAUACGCCGACGAGGUCACAGAAGUAGCUGAGGCCUUCAAACACGCUCUCAAGUACUGCCUAUUAAGCCCUGGACCGAGACAGUAUUUGUACCAGUUCAGAGCCGCCAUGAUUCACCAUAGAUUAGGUUCACUUUACCAUUCGCAGUAUAGGGCGCACGCGCAAGUGUCACCGAAUCUGAAACUGAAGUCGCUCCAAACGGCCAUAGAGCUGCUCCGGCAGUCGCACUCCAUUAUGAGACUCCUAAAGAACCGCGACCCAGAAGACAAAGAAACUACCAAACCCGACGAAAGUGACGAUAAGAGCCUUCGAAAUGAACAAAGCUUGCUUGCCUUAUACGAAAGCAGAUUACAUUAUAUAUUGAAAAGCAUCAUUCAAUACUGCAGAUCGAAAACCAAUAAAGAUUAUGAGAAAAUAACCGAGUUGAACAAGAAAUUGUACUGUGCCAGUUUAAAGAUCAAGAAGCACGAGGACGUCCGGGUUUACGCGGCUAGUAUAUGCGAUGUGUUGACGGCAAUGGAUGAGAUUUGUAAAGAGUUUGUGUGAGACGAUAUUGAAACUGUUAUUUAAUACUUUGUGAAUUAAAUCGGGAUUCCGGAUGUUUUUUUCCAUCGAGUUCAUUGAUAUGGCAUUUUUGGUGCUUAGAGCUCAAUUUAUAUCAAAAAGCCUUUAUAAGACUAUAUAAGUAAAAAUUACGGAGAAUGCAAAAAACUAGACCUGAUUAUUACACCUAAAUAGGUCAUAGAAAUGUAGGUAAAUUCCAUCCUAUAUGCCUUAAGAAAAUAUGAAACUAUUUUAAAGUAUAGCAGCAAUAAUUCCUUGCCCAGAGUACCUUAUAUGUUGGCUGUAAUUAAAGAUAAAAGUUAAAUAUAUGGAAUGUAAAUUAUAAUGUUAAUAAAUGGUUUUCUUAUCUUUACAACUUAACUUCACUAUAAGGAGAAGAAACUCAAUUCGAAUGUAGUUCUUUUUUGGGUUUGUUGCCUCAGAACUUUCGAAUGGCUGUAUCGAUUUUGAUGAUUUUUUUUUGUGACCUAGUGCGUCUUAAAUCCUAUUUAUAUUUGAUCUGGAUCUUGUUACUUGAAUGCGGUUUAGAUUUUUGUUUAAAAUAAUUAUUCAUUCAAUGUUAGGUGUUCAAGAUAAUGGGAACAAAUGUAGGAAAUGUUAUUGUUGAUAUAAAAGUAUAAAAAAUUGGUAUAAGAUGUUGUACGAAAUGCGUUUUUUUUAUGUUUUUCAUUUUCUAAAAUAAAUGUGAGGUUCAUCUUUCUAUUUCACUCAUUUACGUACAUAGGGUUGCGACUACUACACAAAAGUACAUAGCUAAAAAGCCAUAUAAAAAGUUAUUUAUAUAUUAUGUUGUUUUGCUAUUUAUACUUCAGUUUCAGUUAUAGACUUAAUAUGUUGAUGUGGCAACCCUAUUGUGCAUUUUGAAUAAAGCAUUUUAUUCUGCAUUUAAUUUUAUGACUGAAUAAUUUUUCUUUACAACAAACUUCUUAAAUUCUUAAUAAAAUUAGUUUUGUCUUUUAGUCAAAUCUUCACAACGUUACAGCAUGACUGAACUGACGCUGAAAUUACUGAACGGAUUUUGAUGAAAUUCGGUAUACAGACAUGGUAUGAGCUGACUUGGGAGAUCGGACAUCUUAUCACGAUUUAAUGCUCCUUUGGGAUUAAUCAGGAAUCUUAAUAUGCCGGGACGAUCGUCAAGUAUAUUUGGCUAAAUAAUCUGUGAUCUACUCAGAGAUUAUAAACAAUAAUUAUUUUUCAUUUUCCUGUUAAGCAUCGAACCCGCGACCAUAACAUUAUUUUUUUAUACAAUUAACCUCUAUGUUCAAGGAAAUGUCCGUUUAAAUUGAAAUCUUGAUUUUAUAUAAGAAUACGCUUUAAUAAG